AAAUGGAAAUUGCUGUUCUCAUUCCCAGUUUCAUUUUUGAUUGGGCUUAAGUUAGUUAUCGAUCAUGCUACCAUUUAUUUUCUUGGUGAUCGGCGUUCUCGCGCAGCAGACGUUCGCCGAGGAACCCGAAGCGAUCGUCGGUGGCCAGCCCGCCGCACUAGGCGAAUUCCCGCAUCAAGUUUCCUUGAGGGUGAAUGGCAAUCACAUUUGUGGCGGCUCUAUUAUCGCCCCCGACACGAUCCUGACUGCGGCGCAUUGCGUGGAGGGCAUUGUGUAUCCACCCUACAGCAACCUCAAAAUUGCCACUGGCACUAUUGACGUUCGUGGAGGACAGCUCCAUUCUGUGGCGACAGUGGUUGUGCAUCCGCAAUACACUGGCAGGAGGGAAGACUCUUGGAAAAAUGACGUCGCAGUGAUCAAGCUCAGAUCGCGAAUUCAAUAUAACUCAUACCAACAACCGAUUGGCCUGGCCAGCUCUUCUCCAAGGGGCGGACAGUCCUGCACCCUAUCCGGAUGGGGUAAGACUAGCACAAACGGACCGCUCGCGCGCGAACUUCUCAAAAUGAACCAGGCUGUGGUAAGCAGAACCCAAUGCCAGCAAAUCCACCGUGGUAUGCCUUUGACCGGCAGCCAUUUGUGUGCGAUGAAUCGCUUUGGAAUUGGUGCCUGCCAAGGUGACAGCGGUGGCCCACUCAUCUCCAACGGUGUACAGAUCGGUAUUACUUCCUGGGUCAUGCCUUGCGCACAGGGUGUACCUGAUGUCUACACCGAUGUCGCCUAUCAUCGUGGCUUCAUCCAAUCGGUCUAAAGAGACGCAUAAAGACAAUCUAUCUACAAUAUAAUAGACUAACUCGAUGUAUCAUAUCAAUUGGUAUCGCCGAAAAAAUACAGCUGUUGCAAUAUCGAAAUUACAUGUAGCAACAUACUGCUACAUAAUUAAAACAGAAGAAAUACUUUUGUAUUUUAAUAUUAAUAAAUAAAGUACAACGAUUAGAUUCA